AUGGGUGUUCCUAUCACUUCGCUAGUCGCGCUGGCCAUCGCAGGCUUGGCCUUUUAUAAGGUCGUCAUAUAUCCAUACUUCAUCUCGCCACUCGCAAAGAUUCCCAAUGCACACUGGAGUGUCCCCAUAUCUCCAGGCUGGAUGCUAUGGAGAAGAUUUCGCAUGCAGAAUAACCGUACUAUCCAGGCGGCGCAUGAGAGGCUUGGCCCUAUUGUGAGACUUGGACCGUCGGAGAUAUCAGUGAAUUGCGUCGAUGGAGGGAUCAAAUCUGUUUAUACCGGGGGCUUUGAGAAGCAUGAGUGGUACCCACGGGUAUUCGGAUCACUUGGAACCGUAAGCAUGUUCACUAUGAUCGGUACUAAGCCCCAUUCCGCACGCAAAAGAAUGCUGUCCAACAUCUACUCCAAAUCAACCUUGCAGACUUCGCCCCAUCUACGCGUUGUCUCGAAUGCAGUUAUCUAUGAUCGCCUGCUUCCAAUAUUGCAAGACGGGGCGAGUUCAGAGCAAUCGAUCGAUGUACACGAUCUCAAUCAAGGAUUGACAAUGGAUUUCGUCUCAUGCUAUCUUUUCGGCUUACAGAAUGGCACGAAUCACUUGCAGGAUCAUGCAUUCCGCAAGCACUGGCUCCACAUGUAUCUCUGUCGCAAGCCAUUUGAGUUCUACCACCAGGAGACCCCUCAGUUGAUCGGCUGGAUGAAAUGUAUGCGUUUGCGGCUCAUCCCAAAGUAUUGCGAUACCGCCAAUGACAUGCUUGAUGCAUGGGCAUUAGACCUCUGCGGCAAGGCAGCUCAAUCACUAAGCUCAACGGACCCCUCUAUCGAGCCUAUUGUAUACAAGCAGCUGAAGCAGAGCUUAGAUAAACAGGCGGCAAAAGAAGGUGGUCCAAAACCUGACCCUGCAAAGCAACAGAAUGAUAUCGCAUGCGAAAUGUACGACCAACUGACAGCAGGAUUUGAAACCAGUGCUGUCGGCUUAACCUAUCUGCUAUGGGAAUUCUCCAAGAACCCGGAGCUUCAGAGCAAGCUCCAUGAAGAGCUGAUGACCUUGGACCCUCCCAUCAGGUUCCCUAGGUGUGCUGAUCUUCCUCCGGCGAAGGCGGUUGAUAUGCUGCCAUUACUGGAAGCUAUCGUCACCGAGACAUUGAGACUCCAUGCUCCAAUCCCCGGGAUCCAACCGCGAGCUUACUCGCUACACCGCAAUCCAGAGGUCUUUCCAGAGCCCGAGACAUGGAGACCGAGUAGGUGGCUCAAGGAGGAAAACUCGAUUGUCGAUCUCGAAGAACAGAAGCGCUGGUUUUGGGCGUUUGGAAGUGGAGGACGUAUGUGUGUCGGAAGUAAUCUCGCGUUACAAGAAACCAAGCUCGUCGUCGCAGCGAUAUACUCCAACUUCCGGACAACAAUUGUGGACGAUGAUGGUAUUGAAGCCAUCGAUGCAUACACGGUCGGCCCGCGAGCCGAGAAGUUGAUCCUGAAAUUCCAUCCACUGUAG